AUGUCGUCCCGACUCUCGAUGCCCGUUUCCAAACUCACCCGUACCAUCAGCACUUCGGCUGCUGUCGCCCGUCCCAGCCAACUCCUCAGCAAUGCACCAAAAGCCACAACUGUCACCGGGGCGGGGAGGAAAAUGAAGCCCGCAGUUGACGAGCCUUCUGAACAGCGUAACCACUCCACCACCACCACCAGCCCCCACCGCCCGCUCGUCCCCAAAACCAACCGCGUCAUCCCCUUCAUGCAAACCUUCCACCACUCCGCCCCGAAACCCAUGGCCCCCUCCUUCAGCACCAUGGACCGCGCCAUCCUCCCGGACCUCUUCGCCUCCUCCUUCCUCUCCAACCCCGACACCGACACAUUCUCCCACAUCCCGCAUCUCCACGUACCCCUCAUGCCCGACAACACCUCCCCGCCGGCCCAAUUCCGCCGGCAGGAAGCACCCGACGCGCCGCUGCCGCAGCCCGAGAUCCUCGUCGUCGCGGCCAACCCGGAAUUGGUGCGCGCGUCGGCGCUGACGGAGGUGGAAGGGAUGGGGGUGGACGGUGUGGAGUUGGGGUUUGCACACUUGUUGGGCCGGGAGAGUGAGGCGGUGGAGGAGAGCUAUGAGAUGGGGGAGGGCAUGAUUCGGGAUUUGUGGAGAGGGAUGGUGGAUGAUGUUUUUGGGGGUAGUAAAACUAGUCAAGCGAACUAG